AUGCGACUUGGGACAACAGCAAGACGAAGACCGUUCAGACGAACUGUUCGACCAGUAAGAACAAGUGGCGGAAGUGGUAAUGCACCUCCGGACGUACAGAAUGGACAUGUAUCAUUAGCUAACAUAGCAACAGCCUUUCUAACUGAACGAAAAUCUUCUUCGCGUCGUCAAACUAGUGUUCGAAGAAAAACACAUUUGACAAUAAAAGGGCGGUCAUCAUCAAAUGCACAACGCCAAUCCAAUUAUCCAACUGGAGUCGAUGAAUUAUUAGAACAGCGGUUAUCAGGAGAAAAUAUGGAUGGCAGUAUUAGCACACUUUUUGUACCUACUAGUGGAAUAAUCAAUAGUGAUGGCAAACAGCAAUCAAAACUGGUAAAAAAAAACUCAGAUCUCCUUUUUUUUCUUGAUUAA